AUGGAACUCAACCGAGAACAUUUCCGCGCCAUAAUUUAUUACAACUUUCAGAGACAAUUGUCGCAACAAGAAUGCCUUGCUGAGUUACUGUCUGUCAUGGUCGCGACAUUAGUGUCAAAAGCGGGUCAUAUUGCAACAAUUCCUCUUAAUGAGCAAAGAACUGUUACUGCGGAUUGGUAUACCACCAUUUGUUUGCCAAAAGUCAUCACUGAGCUUCGAAAAAUCAACCCCGAAAGAAGAAUGAUCCUCCACCAAGACAAUGCAAGCUCGCACACAGCCCAAAAAACAAUGCAGUAUUUAACGGAUGAAAACGUGGAAUUAUUGGGCCAUCCUCCAUAUAGCCCCAAUCUAAGUCCUAGCGAUAUCUUUACUUUCCCGAAAAUCAAAAACAGAUUACGUGGUCAAAGGCACCAGUCACCAGAAGAAGCAGUUGACGCAUUCAAAAAUACCGUUUUGGAUCUGCCAGCAAACGAGUGGAAUAAGUGCUACGAAAAUUGGUUCGAGUGCAUGCAGAUGUGUAUUAAUCUUCGUGGAGAAUACUUCGAAAAACAAUAA